AUGGACAAAACAACGGUCCAAGUCGAAGGCUUGAAGAUUGCGCCUCCAGGAGGAGCCGGAUCUAUCAAGGAUCUGGAAGAGUAUAUCGACAAGCUGCUUGAGCAGCUCCAAGACAUUGCAGACGCCUCCACAAGGAAAAAAGGGCCUAAUUCCGGGUUCGAACAGAAGUGGUGGAACAAGGACGUCGGUCGUGCAAUGGCACAUACGAAAGCGGCAAGAAAACGUUAUCAAUCCUCCCGGUCGGAUCGAGACUUUGAAGGCCUAGCAAAGGCGAGACGGGUGCAGAAACAGACCAUCAAUAAAGCCCAGACAAAAACAUGGCGUUACCUCACAGCAGCAGCGUCCAAAGAUAAUAAGAAGCUUUGGGACCUUGAAAGGGCGGCACGGCUGCGCGGGUUCAAACCACGAGAGGCGGGAACGCUCCCGUCCUUAAGGAAACCCGGCUCAAUGGGAGGCCUGACAUCUAAGUUCAACGAGCAGGUAGAUAUCUUAUCAGGGAAAUUCUUCCCUUCCCCAACAUCGGACUUGUCUAAUAUUCCGGAAGAUUUCGACACCGGACUAGACCCCUUUGAAGGGAAGUUUGCCAUAAGCAGGAAGGUAGACGAGACGGACAUUAAGGCAGUUCUUGACUUGAUGAAGCCCUGA